AUGGCCGAAAACGGCCGCUACCUCGACGGCGGCGGGUGGUGUAUACGGGUGAAGCUCGGGGUCGGCGCUACGGGGCUCGACGGAGUGCGUGGAUGGGUGCAUCUGGCCCGCACAGACAUGCUGAGCACGAAGCCGGGCUCAGCUGAGCUCGACGGCGAGCAUGGCCGCGACGGUGAAGCGCCUGGCGGCGACCGGAGCUCGGGCCGGGCCCACUGGUCAUCGGCACAGGGGCCUGAACGGGCAUACGGGCAGGUGGUUGCGGGCGCACCCGAGCGAGCACUCGCCCGCAGGGCGGGACGAGGCCGCCCCGGGGCACCGACGGCGGGGCAAGCCGGCGCGGCCAGCCGGGGCCACGGCGGGCGGAGGCGAGGGGGUGGCGCCGGUGCGGCCAGUGGCACGCGGGCGACACGGUGGAACUGCGAGGCCAGGCGAAGGCAGGGCGGGCGCGAGUGGUCGCAGGGCCGGGAGCGGCCAGCGCGGGGUGAUGCGGGCAAGCGCACGGGAGUGGACGAGGGGCGCGGCGUCCGCGGCGACGGCGACCAGCGUGGUGCGGUACACGGGACAGAGAGGAGGGGAGUAGAGGCCGGGGGCCUCACCAGCGGCUGCAGGGGAUUGGCAGUGGGCUCGAGCUCGAGGGGGAGGACGGGGACGCGGUCGACGACGAAUGGCGAGGCGGCGAUCCGGGCGAGGAAGGUUCGGCGAGGUGGUGGUGGCGACGACGGGCGAUGGCGUCGGGUCAGUGAUGUGGCGAGGGUCGGGCCCACUGGUCAUAGGCACAGGGGCCUUAACGGGCGUACGGGCAAGCGGUUGCGGGCGCACCCGAGCGAGCACUCGCCCGCAGGGCGGGACGAGGCCGCCGGGGCACCAACGGCGGGGCAAGCCGGCGCGGCCAGCCGGGGCCACGGCGGGCGGAGGCGAGGGGGUGACGCCGGUGCGGCCAGUGGCACGCGGGCGGCACGGUGGAACUGCGAGGUCGGGCGAAGGCAGGGCGGGCGCGAGUGGUUGCAGGGCCGGGAGCGGCCAGCGCAGGGUGAUGCGGGCGAGCGCACGGGAGUGGACGAGGGGCGCGGCGUCCGCGGCGACGGCGACCAGCGUGGUGCGGUACACGGGACAGAGAGGAGGGGAGUGGAGGCCGGGGGCCUCACCAGCGGCUGCAGGGGAUUGGCAGUGGGCUCGAGCUCGAGGGGGAGGACGGGGACGCGGUCGACGAUGAAGAGGAUGGCGAGGCGGCGAUCCGGGCGAGGAAGGUUCGGCGAGGUGGUGGUGGCGACGACGGGCGAUGGCGUCGGGUCAGUGACGUGGCGAGGCGUGCGCGAGGGAGAGGAGAGGCGAGGAGUCCGAGAGGGCGGCGCCGGCGCCGGCUGGCGGUGGCCUUAG